AUGCAGUGGACCGGUGGUCGUGCUGGAGGCCACCACUCCUAUGAAGACUUCCAUCAACCCAUGCUUUUGACCUACCGCUCCAUCCGUAAGCAUGAGAAUAUUAUUCUUGUUGGUGGUUCUGGAUCCGGUGCUGCUGAAGACGUUUGGCCCUACCUUACUGGCGAAUGGUCAGUGGCUUAUGGUGUUCAGCCGAUGCCCUGUGAUGGUUUUCUUUUCGGAAGCCGUGUCAUGGUUGCAAAAGAGGCACAUACAAGCUCUUUCGUAAAAGAUCUCAUCGUCGCGUGCGCUGGAGUGGAGGAUCAACAAUGGGAGGGCACUUAUACCAAACCGAGUGGCGGUGUUCUUACUGUUCGAUUGGAGCUCGGUGAACCUAUACACAAGGUCGCUACGCGUGCCGUUAAGCUCUGGAAAGAGUUUGAUGACACCGUAUUCAAAUUACCCAAAGAAAAGCGUUUGACUUGGUUACUUGAGCAUCGUGAUGAGGUCAUCGAAAAGCUCAACAAGCAUUUCAGCAAGCCAUGGUUCGGCUGGAAGAAGGAUGGCAGUGUUGCGGAAUUACGAGACAUGACUUAUGAGGAGACUGUCCUUCGUAUGGUGCACUUGAUGUAUGUCGCCCAUGAGAAUCGAUGGGUUGAUAUUUCUCUUCGUAACCUUACUGGUGACUGGAUGCGAAGGAUCGAAGAAAGGUUUGCCGGCGUCAAUGGGUCUGGCACGAAACCGUCCGUCCUGCAGUCUUACAACUCCUUGAAUGAUCCUCUCCCUUGCGUUGAAACGUUCUUCAAAGCCUACCCUCUCGUUUCACAGCAACUUCUUUCUGCUGAUGACUCUGGUUACUUCUUGGCUAUCUCACAGAGGCGCGGCCAGAAGCCCGUUCCUUUUAUACCUGUUCUCGAUGCGUCGUUUGAGGUUUGGUUUAAGAAGGAUUCUUUGUGGGCUGCUGAAGAUGUUGAAGCAGUCUUCGACCAAGAUCCUGAACGUGUUUGUAUCUUACAAGGCCCUGUUGCCGUCAAGCACUCUGUGAUCAAGGAUGAGCCCAUUCGCGACUUGCUCGGUAACAUCAACUCGUCCCUCAUUCAAAAGGUCUUACAGCUACGUUACAACGGUGAUGCUUCUACCAUUCCUUCAAUUGGUUAUCUCGCUCCUCCGCGCCGUGCUUCCAGAGUCCCUGCGGGUGUCAAGAUCACUACCACCGACGAGCAAAUUGUCUACCAGUUUGGGAAAUCUCUCCCUACGAAUGCAUCUUGGCUUGCUUGCCUCGCUGGCUCUCAAUUGAACUGGUUCGGGGCGCUUAUUGGGUCCACGAGUGUUGUGCAGGGUUCUUCUUACAUCAGCAAUCCCAUCCGCCGACUCUUUUACCCUCGCCCUCACGAAAAAGUCGUUGUUAGCCUUUCCAAUGGACAACCAACGUCCAUUGUCGCGUAUGGGGGAGCUCGCUCGUAUGGCCUGCAUGACCCAAAUUUCAAGGCCACGGAAAUUACAUUCAAUUCCUCAACUAAUCUCAUUGACGUGACGAUCUUCGAAGAGCGUAACAAGGUCGCUGUACCUCUCACCUUGCAGUUUGAGUAUAAAUCCGCGAUGGGAUCUGCCCCCAUCCACGAAGUGGUCACUGGACGUAAUAUGCGCAUCAAGGCGUUCUAUUGGAAACUUUGGUACGGGGACGACCAGUCUCUCCCCGAGUUGGAUAUUCAUGAUACGUUCACCGGUCCUGAUGUCACCCUCAAGGCAGAGGACAUAGAGAAGUUCUGUUCUGUUGUUGGUAACAACGACGAGUCGUUCAAGUCAGUGCGAACCACCACCAUUAGUGCUCCGAUGGAUUUUGCUAUCGUUGCUGGUUGGCAGGCUAUCAUCAAGUCAAUUUUCCCUGCAUCGAUUGAUGGAGAUCUCCUCAAGCUCGUACAUUUGUCGAACAGUUUCCGCAUGAUGAAGGGCGCGAGACCCUUCCAGGCUGGCGACAUAUGCAGAUCGGAAGCUAAGAUUGUCUCCGUUGUCAAUAGCGGGCCUGGAAAGGUCGUCAAAGUGAAGGGACAUGUCUACCGUGAUGCAAAGCCGGUCGUCGAGGUUGUGUCUGCUUUCCUUUACCGCGGCGUCUUCACCGACUACGAGAACACAUUCGAAACCACUGAAGAACCUGACUACAUUGUGACGUUAGCGGCUGACGCCGACGUUAGCGUUUUACAAUCGAAGGAAUGGUUUGAUUGGGAAGAUGAUACUCGACCUCUCUCUCCUGGAAUCCCUUUGAUUUUCCGUGUACAGUCUGAGGUCUCUUUCAUGGAUCGCACUUCCUACCGGGAGCUAUCCGUAUCUGGUGAAAUCUUUGUCCGCGACCAGUUGAAGAACCUACAGAAAGUAGGUUCUGUUGAGUUCCAAGCAGAUGAUGCGCACGGCAACCCUGUCGUUGCCUACCUUCAAAGGCAUGGCAUUCCUCAAGGUCUGAGCGUGCCCCUUGCCAAUGAGGGCUAUCAACUCACUACCACGGAGGGCUCAACAUCAUUCUUUUCGCCACUUACCAAUGAACCCUACUCCGGGAUCUCGGGCGAUUUCAACCCAAUCCACAUCAAUCCGUAUUUCUCUUGCUACGCCGGUCUACCCGGGACAAUCACUCAUGGUCUAUGGUCCAGUGCUGCAACUCGCAAAUACGUAGAGAACGUUGUCGCCAAGGGUCAUCCUGACCGCGUGCUUUCGUACGAUGUAUCUUUUGUUGGAAUGGUUCUUCCGGGCGAACAGCUUACCGUCAACCUUCGGCACACCGGAAUGCGGGAUGGCAAUAUCGUUGUCAAAAUCGAGACUGUUAAUGUACUCGGUGAAAAGGUCUUGGAAGGUUCUGCAGAGGUGUCCCAACCAACUACUGCCUAUGUCUUCACUGGACAGGGAUCUCAAGAACCUAAUAUGGGUAUAGAUCUUUACAAUAACUCUCCUACUGCUCGUGCGGUCUGGGAUGGUGCCGAUGAACAUCUUCGAGCUAUCUAUGGGUUUUCUAUUCUCGAAAUCGUCAAAGAGAAUCCCAAAGAAAAGACGGUACACUCUGGUGGUAUCAAGGGACAAGCCAUCCGUCAGCGUUAUAUGGACGUGUCCUACGACACCACUGACAAAGAUGGUCACAUCAAAACCCUCCCUCUCUUUGCCGACAUCGACAUUCGCACACCCAAGUAUACAUUUAGUCAUCCUAAUGGGCUCCUUUUCGCUACCCAAUUUGCUCAAAUCGCACUCGUCGUUACCAAAAAAGCGGCGUUCGAAGACAUGCGUUCGAAAGGAUUUGUUCAAACGGACUGCGCUUUUGCUGGUCACUCUUUGGGUGAAUAUUCUGCGUUGGCAUCUAUUGCUGAUGUACUUGCGAUUUCUGCCCUUGUCGACGUCACUUCCUCGCCUCGCCUCGACAAAGUCUUGAAGAACUGGGAUGAAGAGAACUGGGGCUCUGCCGCUCAGCGCCAAAACCUCACUUACAUCAUCCUCGUCGAGCUUCUGGCUUAUCAGUUUGCUUCGCCAGUCCGCUGGAUCCAAACCCAGGACCUCCUCUUUUCCCACUUCAAUUUCGAAAGACUCAUCGAGCUUGGCCCUUCCCCCACUCUUACCGGAAUGGCAACUCGUACUCUCAAGGCUAAGUACGAGCUUCAAGACGAUUGCGUUUCUCUGAAGCGCGAAAUUCUUUGUCAUGCGAAACAUUCAAAGGAGAUUUAUUACUUGUUUGAAGAUGAAGCGGUUGCUGAAUCUGUGCCCGUAGAGGUAACCGAGUCUGUUGCUGCUCCUGUCACCGCCACCGCCGUUCCCUUACCUGUUGCUGUCCCUACAGGUCCAGCUGUCAGCAUUGAAGACGUUCCCGUUAAAUCGUCGGACAUCCUUCUUGCCAAUGUCGCGCAGAAAUCGAAAAAACAAAUCAGCGACAUUUCUACGUCGAAGUCUAUCAAAGACCUUGUUGGCGGAAAGUCGACUCUUCAGAACGAAAUCUUGGGCGAUCUACAACAAGAGUUCUCUUCAGCUCCCGAGAAAGGUGAAGAGCUACCUCUUGACGAGCUGGGCCCUGCUUUGGGUUUUGGACAUAGUGGAACGUUAGGUAAAUACACCACUGGUCUCGUGUCACGUUUGGUUGGAGGGAAACUGCCUGGUGGCUUCAACUCGUCUGCUGUAAAAGCCCAUUUGUCGAAGACUUGGGGUUUGGGUCCUCAACGUGCGGACGGUGUUCUUCUCCUUGGAACUACCAUGGAACCCGCUAAGCGUCUGGGAUCUGAAGUGGAGGCGAAAACCUGGCUCGACGGCGUCGUAUCGGCGUAUGCGCAACGAUCUGGAAUUUCUCUUGCAUCUCCUGGCGCAGGAGGAGGCGGGGGUGGAGGAGGCAGUGGCGGCGCAGUGAUCAACAGCGAAGAGUUCACAAAGUUUCAGGCCGAGGAGGAGCGUUUCGCUGCUCAACAUAUCGAGCUUUACAUGCGUUACCUUAAGCGGGACUCUCGCUCUGGCGAAAUCGCAUUCGACACUGAAAAGGCUAAUUCGAUGGCCUUACAAGCUAAGUUGGACAGUAUUGCUAAGGAACACGGUGAUCUCUACAUCGACGGUAUCAUGCCUGUCUUUGAUCCCUUGAAAGCCCGUCGCUUUGACUCUUCUUGGAAUUGGGUUCGACAGGAUGCUCUAACGAUGUACUAUGACAUCAUUUUCGGACGUCUUACAACUGUCGACCGCGAGAUCACAGCUCGCUGUAUCCAUCUGCUGAACCGCGCCGAUCCGGAGAUGUUGGCUUACAUGCAGUAUAACAUUGACCAAUACAACACGCAUCAGUUCAUUGGGCAGCCACCUGUCUACAAGGAUGUUACUUUCCCAACUGCUCCUCACACAGAGGUCAGCAGUAAGGGUGACAUUGUGUACACCGAGGUUAUGCGCGAAAAUGUUCGCAAACUAGAGGCAUACGUCGAGGAGAUGGCUCGCAGCGAUACACUCUGGACGAUUGUGAAAUCCCAAGCAGAGAUUAGUCAAGAGCAAAAGAAUCGUAUCAAGGCUCUGUAUGAAGGCGUCAUUCGCUCAUUGAGGAAUAAAGGUUCUGAACCUCGCCCGCGCACUCCUAGAAAUCGUCGAUUGUCUUCGCAGUUCCUCCGACCUCAAAAAUCCGGAAUCGCAACUGUGUCUGCAGACAAAGUUCCUCUGCUACAUUUGAAGAGGAAAGUUGGCACCAACUGGGAAUACAGCAGCAACCUUACGAGUGUCUAUCUUGACAUUUUUCACCAGAUUGCCACUGCCGGAACAACGUUCAAGGAUAAGAACGCUUUACUCACUGGAGUAGGCAAAGGCUCCAUUGGAGUCGAAGUUGUCGUCUACUCUCUGGUGGCGUUCAUGUGUCGCGGGUCUGCGCUUACUGUGGUGCCCUUUAGGUUCGAAGCAGGACGUCGAGGCCCUUGUGGAUUACAUCUACUCUACUCUACCCUCGGAAUAGACUUGGAUUUCAUUCUUCCUUUCGCUGGUAUUCCCAAGAACGGCCGGGAGAUCGAUGGAAUUGAUGACAAGUCCGAGCUGGCUCACCGCAUCAUGUUGACCAACUUGUUGCGAAUUCUCGGUGCAGUGAAGAACAAGAAAGCCAGUCGACAUUUUGUUACGUGUCCUACUCAAGUUAUCCUCCCCCUGUCUCCUAAUCAUGGUCUGUUUGGCAAUGAUGGCCUGUACUCGGAAUCGAAGAUCUCUCUGGAAACACUCUUCCAACGUUGGGCUUCCGAAGGCCGGGGUGAAUAUCUCUGUCUUGCUGGAGCUGUCAUUGGAUGGACCCGCGGUACCACUUUCAUGGGACCCACGAAUAUAGUAGCGCACGAGCUUGAAAGCUUCGAUGUCCGCACAUUCUCUGCCAAGGAAAUGGCGUUCAACAUCCUUGGUUUGAUGCACCCUUUGCUGUUCAGUAUCACUCAGGUGGAACCCAUUUGGGCUGAUCUCAACGGUGGCAUGGAUCGUCAUCCAGACCUCGCCGAUAUCACGACCCCACCCGUAUUAGGACAACUGUGGACGUCCUCCCUCGUGCUAACUUCCGAUUCGACUUCCCCCGCCCUCGAAUCCCAAAACUCUCUUGUUGAUGUCACCAAGCUUCGGGGUAUACUUGACUUGGACAAGGUCAUGGUUAUCACUGGUUCCGCCGAAGGUGCUAUCGAGAUGGCCCGGAUGAUGGGAUACAUCAAGCACUUCGACGGGCGUCUGAAGGAUGGCACGUUGUAUGUUGGUUGGGUCGACAGUAAGAGUGGAGAACCAGUUGACGACAAGGACGUCAAGGGACGCUACGAAAAAGAUAUCCUUGCCCAUGCAGGCAUUCGUUUGAUUGAACCCGAGCUCUUCCGUGGCUAUGAUCCAAAUAAGAAGAUCUUCAAUCAAGAGGUCGAGUUGAUCCAUGAUCUUGAGCCCAUAGAAGUCCUCGCAGAUGAAGCCUCCAAAUUCAAACUCCAGCACGGCGACAAGUGCGAUAUCUGGGCCGGAGAAGGAGGUCAAUGGUUCUUCAAGGUCAAAAAGGGUGCCUGUGUAUUCGUGCCCAAAUCAUUCUCGUUCAGUCGCAAAGUUGCAAGCCAAAUUCCUACUGGAUGGUACGCUAGCCGCUACGGUCUUCCUGAAGACAUUAUUGCCCAAACCGAUCAAGUCGCCCUCUGGAAUUUGGUCUCAACUGCCGAAGCCCUCAACAUGUCCGGUAUCACGGAUCCAUAUGAUCUCUAUCAACAUGUGCAUCCAUCUGAAGUCGGGACGUCACUUGGUAGCGGUAUGGGUGGUCAAGUCAGUCUGGCGAAGAUGUUCAUUGACCGUCGUGAUGAGAAAGAGGUACAGAAUGACAUUUUGCAAGAAACGUGGUUUCAUAAACACGGAUGGAUUAAGCUUCUGCUUCUAUCAUCGAGUGGUCCGGUCAAGAUCCCUGUCGGUGCUUGUGCUACCGCUUUGCAAUCUCUCGAAAUCGCUUGUGACGCAAUCCUGUCGGGUAAAGCUAAGGUCAUGAUUGCUGGUGGUUUCGACGAUAUAAGCGAGGAAGGAUCGUACGACUUCACAAACAUGAAGGCUACAAGUAACGCAGAUGCCGAAUUUGCUAUGGGUCGUGAAUCAACAGAAAUGUCACGACCCACUGCAAGUACUCGUUCAGGAUUUACGGAGGCACAAGGUACUGCUAUCCACAUUGAUGUGAGCACAAAGACUGCUUUGGAACUGGGUUGUCCUGUUCGCGGUAUCGUUGCAUCCACUUCUACCUCCACUGACAAAGCUGGACGGUCGAUUCUCCCAUCUAAACACCCACUUCCUAUCCUGGACUUGAAAUACCGUUCCCGCCAACUCUCUUUCUGA